AUGGAUGGGGAGCAGUACGAACGGACACAGGAGAUUAAAAUCGAUAUACCUGUAAUGGACAGCGCAGACACGAGGGCACGAAUAAUAGCUCGUAUCGAAAGUGUAACAUCGUCCAUAAUCCAACAGAUAUGUUCCAACCAAUUACCAAGCAUUUCCUGCUCGGUACUAAAAAAUUCCAACAAAACAGACUCGCAGACGUACUCGCAAAACGAUUCAUCAAAUUUCGCGUCACGUACUCCCGAUGGAGAGGAAAGUGACGAGGAACGGGUUGACAGGAAAGUGGUGGCGAACUUUGCAGCAAGUAGGGGUAAAGACAAAUUUGCCUUGAUGAUGACGGUAAUGGCCACGGCUCAUCGUUUGCUAAUUACCAACACCACCGCUACGAGGAGAUCCCUUUACUACGAUUUGAAGAACGAGGAGACGUCGAAUUUGGUGCUAGGACAGGGAUACGUGGACAGAGCCGUGAACUGUGUCGCUAAUUUGCUAAAUUGUGCACCUUGGGAACUCAAUAUUUUAGCAACGUCGAAAGGAUUAGCGGCAGGUGACUUGACGCUCACACUAAUCGAUAAUCGAAGCAUCGAUUGCUCCGUACCAGGUGGUGCUCUCAUUCCGUGCAUCAACUCAAACGUAACAUCGGUUCGCACCACGGCGAAAAUGGUGCUGAUCGUUGAGAAGGAUGCUGUCUUUCAGAAGCUGUUGGAAGAUGAUUGUAUGUCCUCGUUGAACUGUAUUCUGGUAACGGGAAAAGGAUAUCCGGAUGUAGCCACUAGGAUGCUGGUUAAACUGUUAGCCGAGAAGUUGGGGCUUCCGGUUUAUGUGGUCGUCGACGCUGACCCUUUCGGUGUCGACAUAAUGUGUGUUUACCGUUUUGGUUCAUCAACCUUAUCCAAGGAAAACGAGAGUCUGGUAUGUCCGAACGUGCGCUGGUUAGGUAUCCAUCCAUCAGAAUUGCAGCCUUUAGGGGUGAACACCAUUCCUUUAACCGAAUUCGAUUUAUCGAAAUUGACUGCCAUCGAAAGUCGACCCUACAUGACGCCUCGCUUUUUUAAAGAACUUGAAAUUAUGCGAAAGGGGAAGGCGGAGAUUGAGAACGUGUCUUCGUUCUCGAGGAAAUUUUUAACUUCUAUGUAUUUGCCUUGCAAGAUCAAAGGACAGGAUUAUAUUUAA